UCAAUAUAUUAAUAUUAUCUCAUUUGGAAAUAGUAGCAAAUUGUGAUGAAUUGGAAGAAAUUACAAUUGUCAAGAAGUUUGAUAUGAGCCGUGGCAAUGUUACAAUUAAGCCAGUAGCUGAAACAAUGACAUUAACAAAUAUUACUGAGCAAGAACCUAAUGUAACACAGAAAUUUGUUUCUUGUUUGGAAAAUGGAGGUAGUCCAGAAGUACAAUUGGUUAAUGAUACAGAGGUUAUGAAGAUGCUUGUACCAGACACCAACAUUACUAGCAAGGAACAGCCUGGAAAAUGCAUUCUUGUGCUAUUCUAUUCAAAGUAUUGUCCAUUCUCUAGUCUUGCUGCACCACCUUUCAAUGCCUUGUCUCGAGUAUUCCCAGACAUAAAAAUGGUUGCUAUUAAUGCUAUGCUGUAUCACUUAUUCAAUACUCAGAAUGGAAUAGUAGGAUUGCCUUCUUUACUGCUUUUCCACAAUGGGAAAAUUGUAGCCAAGUAUAAUGAGACUGACUACAAGUUGGAGCUUUUCUCAAAGUUCAUAACGAAGGCGACGGGUAUCAAAGCAGAAGAGAAAGUGUUCGUGAAAAGCGAAGACUUUAGAGGACCUGUACAUAGCCUUCCAUUCAGAUGGUUUGAUCCACUGAUGUUGUUAUCAUGGACAUUCAUUAUAAUUUGCGCCUUUUAUUAUUUUACCAAGACAAAAUUCUGGAAAUGGAUCAUUGAAACUGUAAAGAGAAAUUGGAGGGAGAGUGAGGCUCAGGCGCAACACGAACAUGUAGAAUAAUGAAUAUGCAAUAAAAGAUAAAUUUAGAAUAGA